CACAACUGGCCACCAGACUAAUCCACUCCCUCUACCUUCCCGCGAGUACCUCCCCCUUCUGCUCUUUUUUUCAAUAGCAGCGCUUUCUCAAAAUCUCAGGUUACUUUGCUAAAGAGUUCUCAGCCUCAUACUUUCUGCCCUUGUCUCUGCCUCCAGCUCCUUAAGAGCCACCCAACCCCAGCGAUUGGAUUGGGCAGCCCGUCUUGACACACCACUGUGCUGAGUGCUUGAGGACGUGUUUCAACAGAUGGUUGGGGUUAGUGUGUGUCAUCACACUCGAGUGGGGAUUAGGGGAGAGAGGCAGCCUUGCUGGAGCUGUGUGGUCUUCCCCAAGUGUGAGCUGCAAGCAAAAGAAGAAAUACCUAGCUCUGGGGCAGAAGCGGGAAGAAUCGUUUCCAGCAGCUCAGAGGGAAAAAUAAAACCGCACAUUUUGUUCAGUUCUUCACAGUAACUGUCACAUACCUCUGGUGCUUAUGAAUUAUUGGCCUCCUACUUGUGAAAGAAAUCUAACACUGUCCUCACCACUUACAGGUUUUGCCCAUAAUAAACUCACUGAGCAAGACAUAUGGACUUCUAUCCAAUGCUAUGAAAAUUAACCAAGGCACAUUAACUUCAGGAAAUUUUCAAAGCCUGCCAGAGUGAGGAGCAUGAAACUGUUUAGCUUGCGAAGCUUAAAAUAAAAGGUGUAUGUGGAAACAAGAACACGAUCCUUUUUCUAGCAGUCCAGCACCAAGUCCCAUCCCCUCCCUCUGCUGUGGCUUCUUCCCCUGAAAUUUAGAGCAUCUCCCUAUUAACACAUUUUUAGGACAGAGAAAGAAGCUGUAAGAAACAGUUCUGGAGACUUUGAAGCACAGCCACAGUACUGAGGUCUCUGACUGACAAGCCUUCUGCUUUCUUCUUCUCCCAGGGCUCCUCCUACAGAUGUUCUGAACACGUCUGCAUCCCAGCAAUUUUUUACUGCGCCCAGGUCUUGAAAACUAGAGUUCAGGAACUUCUGGAUCAGUCUUUUCAUUGAAAUACUGGAACUACUAUGAAGCCUUCUUGGUUUGCACUCAUGUUGGCAGUGCUCAGUACUGAAAUGCUAACAAGUCACUGUUCCACCAUCAAGUCCCCGAGGUUCAGAGGACGUGUCCAGCAGGAGCGAAAGAAUAUCAGACCAAAUAUCAUCCUUGUACUCACAGAUGAUCAAGAUGUGGAGCUAGGGUCCUUGCAAGUGAUGAAUAAAACCAGGAGGAUUAUGGAGAAUGGAGGGGCCUCUUUCAUCAAUGCCUUUGUGACUACCCCCAUGUGCUGCCCAUCUCGCUCCUCCAUGCUGACUGGGAAGUAUGUGCACAACCACAACAUCUACACCAACAAUGAAAACUGCUCUUCCCCCUCAUGGCAGGCUACUCACGAGCCUCGCACCUUCGCUGUGUACCUCAAUAACACUGGGUACAGAACAGCUUUUUUUGGGAAAUACCUCAAUGAAUACAAUGGCAGCUACAUCCCUCCUGGGUGGAGAGAGUGGGUUGGAUUAGUGAAGAACUCUCGCUUCUAUAAUUACACCAUUUCUCGCAAUGGUAACAAAGAGAAGCACGGAUUUGAUUAUGCAAAGGACUACUUCACAGACCUAAUCACUAAUGAGAGCAUUAAUUACUUCAGAAUGUCUAAGAGGAUAUAUCCCCAUAGGCCCAUAAUGAUGGUCAUCAGCCACGCUGCACCCCAUGGCCCCGAGGAUUCUGCACCGCAGUUCUCAGAGCUCUACCCCAACGCUUCACAGCACAUCACUCCCAGCUAUAACUAUGCACCAAACAUGGAUAAGCACUGGAUUAUGCAGUACACAGGGCCCAUGCUGCCAAUCCACAUGGAGUUUACCAACGUCCUGCAGCGCAAAAGACUUCAGACCCUGAUGUCAGUUGACGACUCUAUGGAAAGAUUACACCAAAUGCUUGCAGAGAUGGGAGAACUGGAGAAUACCUACAUUAUUUACACUGCUGACCAUGGAUACCAUAUUGGGCAGUUCGGACUGGUCAAGGGGAAGUCAAUGCCGUAUGACUUUGAUAUUCGAGUUCCUUUCUUUAUUCGUGGUCCAAGUGUGGAGCCAGGAUCAGUUGUGCCUCAGAUAGUUCUGAAUAUUGAUCUCGCUCCAACAAUUCUGGAUAUAGCAGGCCUUGACACACCUCCAGAUAUGGAUGGCAAAUCUGUCCUAAAGCUUCUGGACUUGGAGAGACCAGGAAACAGGUUUCGAACAAACAAGAAGACCAAAAUUUGGCGUGACACAUUUCUAGUGGAAAGAGGCAAAUUUCUACGCAAGAAGGAGGAACCCAACAAAAACACUCAGCAGUCUAAUCAACUACCAAAAUAUGAGAGAGUAAAAGAAUUAUGCCAACAAGCAAGAUACCAGACAGCCUGUGAACAACCAGGACAGAAGUGGCAGUGCACAGAGGAUGCUUCUGGCAAACUCCGAAUCCACAAGUGCAAGGUGUCGAGCGACAUCCUGGCCAUCAGGAAGAGAACGCGCAGCCUCCACUCCCGGGGCUAUGGCGGCAAAGACAAGGACUGCCACUGUGGAGACACUGAUUACCGGAACAGCAGGGCCCAGAGGAAAAAUCAAAGACAGUUCCUGAGAAACCCUAAUGUGCAAAAAUACAAACCUCGAUUUGUCCACACUCGCCAAACCCGGUCCUUGUCUGUGGAAUUUGAAGGUGAGAUAUAUGACAUAAAUCUGGAAGAAGAAGAGCUGCAGGUGUUGAAGACCAGAAGUAUCACCAAGCGUCACAAUGAGGAGGAAGGAGAGGAAACUGCUCGUGCUGCUCGUGACACAAUGGUCGCUGAUGGCGCUGAUGCUUUGGGUCAGCCCAGCUCUGUCAGAGUGACACACAAAUGUUUCAUUCUUCCAAAUGACACUAUUCACUGUGAGAGGGAGCUGUACCAGUCUGCCAGAGCCUGGAAGGAUCACAAGGCUUACAUUGAUAAGGAGAUUGAAGCUCUCCAAGACAAAAUUAAGAAUUUGAGGGAAGUUAGAGGGCACCUAAAAAGAAGAAAACCAGAUGAAUGUGAUUGUAGUAAACAGAGCUAUUACAACAAAGAGAAGGGGGUAAAGGCCCAAGACAAACUCAAGAGCCAUCUUCAUCCCUUCAAAGAGGCAGCACAGGAGGUGGAUGGCAAACUGCAGCUGUUCAAGGAGAACCGGAGAAGGAAGAAGGAGCGCAAGGGGAAAAGGCGCCAGAAGAAGGGAGAUGAGUGUAGCCUUCCCGGGCUGACAUGUUUCACCCAUGACAACAACCACUGGCAGACAGCACCAUUCUGGAACUUGGGCUCUUUCUGUGCUUGCACAAGCUCCAACAACAACACUUACUGGUGUUUGAGAACAGUUAACGACACCCACAAUUUUCUGUUUUGUGAGUUUGCAACCGGCUUCUUGGAAUAUUUUGAUAUGAACACUGAUCCCUAUCAGCUGACCAAUACAGUUCACACAGUGGAAAGAGGCAUUUUGAAUCAAUUGCAUGUCCAGCUUAUGGAACUGAGAAGUUGUCAAGGUUACAAGCAGUGCAAUCCAAGGCCAAAGGGACUUGAAACAGGAAAUAAAGAUGGAGGAAGCUAUGAUCCACACAGAGGACAGUUAUGGGAUGGAUGGGAAGGCUAAGCUGCCCAUUUUCACUGGCGACAUUGACUGGCAAGGACUGGAAGACUUGUACAGUGUGAAUGAAAGUGUAUAUGAAUACAGACACAACUUUAGACUUAGUCUGGCUGACUGGACUAAUUACUUGAAGGAUGUAGAUAGAAUGUUUGCACUGCUGAACAGUUACUACCAGCAAAAGACACCAGGCAAGGAUAACCCUGGUCGAAGCAACGGGGACGAAUCAUCCACGCCGUUCACCUUGGUGGAAAUGCCUUCUGCUGAGGAGUCCAGCGGCCUGACUGCAGAAGAGCUGCAGCUUAUUGUGCCAACAGACUUUGCAGCCCUUGCUUUGAGCACAGUGAAUUUAAGUCAGGAGAGGAAACUUGAAUUAAACAAUGAUAUUCCUGAGAAAAGUAGUUUGAAUGACGCACACUGGAGAAAUAGUCAUCCAGCUGAAAAAUGGAUGGAGGAUAAAGAAUCGGACCGUUUUGAUAUGGAUUUCAGUGGGAACGGUUUGAUAGAGUUGGAGUC